AAGAUCCAGAGAAAGGCACAGAGCUCGCACACUGCUGUGAGGGACACCCACGCCAGCAGUCUGGCCAUAAGGCAGAAUAUAUCUAAACUGACCAAAGCUCUUGUAUCAGAGUUUCCACCAGCCAGCAGUAAGUGAACUGGGAACAACGCAAGUGUGGUGAGAAACUUCAUCAGUGAGAAACUUCGUCAGCUUCUGAUCCCGAUGGGGCUGCUUUGGUGGCAGCUCUCGGUACUGGGGGCAGCUGCCUUCCUGCUGGGUCACUGCACUGGCUCCUCUACACAUUCCUUGGGCCUUUUCUAUACGUGGUUCUCUGAGCCCAGCCAGGGGCUUCCUGAGUUCAUGGCUGGGCAGUUUGUGGAUGACCAGCCCAUCACUUACUAUGACAGCAGCACCAAGAGAGUGUUGGCCCGAGCACAGUGGAUGGAGAAGAACGAUACGCAGUUCUGGGACUUAGAAUCUAAGACUAUGAAGAGCUGGGAGGAAACGUUCAGAGCGCUUUUUGUGAGGCUGCAGAAUGUCUCCAAUCAGAGGGAGGGGCUUCACACCUGGCAGGGCAUGCUUGGCUGUGGACUGCGUGAGGAUAGGAAGAAAUGGGGAUACUGGCGAUCUGGUUAUGACAGGAGGGAUUUCAUCAGCUUUGACACAGAGACCAACACCUGGACGGUAGGCGAUGCUGUGGCUGAAAAGAUGAAGAGGAAAUGGGAGUCUCUGCUGACAAUGAGCUCGAACAUGAAGCGCUACCUGGAGGGGCCCUGCAUUGAGCGGCUGCAAACAUUGGUGGCCUAUGGGAAUGGCUCCCUGCUGAGGAAAGAGAUCCCAGUAGUGAAGGUGAUACCCAAGACAGCUUCUGAUGGCAAGGAAAGCCUCAUCUGUCGGGCAUUUGGCUUCUACCCCAAGGAGAUUGGUAUCACCUGGAGAAAGAAUGGAACAGUCUGGUUGCAGGACGUCUCCCAUGAGGGUGUUUUCCCCAACUCAGAUGGGACCUAUCAUACCUGGAUCAAGGUCUUGAUUAACCCCCAUGAGAAGAACCAGUACCAGUGCCAUGUGGAUCCUGCUGGGACCUCUGGGCAGAGUCUGGUAGAAGGCUUCAGGAAGGCAGGGGGAGAAGAAGUCCCUGAAGAAAGAAGAUGGACAAUUUGGGAUUAUUUCCGGUAUCUCUUGGGGGGUGGGGAAGAAAGGCCAAGAGAUAUGGCACCAAGACAGAUGCCAUGAGACAUCUCUUCAGUGGAGCAUCUCUGCGACCAUCAUAUUCUGCAUCUUUGCCAUCUUCUCAGUUCUCUUCUCUGUCUUAAUUCCUUGCUUUAAAGAUAAAAUUUUUUAAAAAUC